AUGAAUAUUAAUAAAUUUAAUUCUAAUACACCAGUAAAGGAUGAUAGAAUAGGAAAUGAAUACAAUCAAUACAGAGUAUACAAUGUGGAGAGUGGACAAAAUUACAAUAUCAGUGAACAUAUUCACAAUAACGUAAACAAUUUUUAUAAGAAUUUAGUUAAUUUAUAUGAUAUUCAUAAUUCAGAAAAUACUUCUAAUAAUACAAAAAGUUUAAUAGAUUUUAAGAAAAACGCGAAUAAGGUAAAAAAUAUUGACAAGGUAAGUAAAACUCAAAUUAAUAGUAGUAAUAAUAUAUAUAACAUAAAUAAUAUAGAAAAAGUAGAUAAUAUAUAUAACAUAAACCGCCGAAAUAAUAGUGAACAUAAUCAGAAAAGUUGCAUUUCUGAUAUAGUUGCUAAAAAUUUUAAUAAUGAUAAUUUACUAAAUGAUGGAGAUGUUUUCAAUUUUGUUAGUAAUCAAAACAUAAAUGAAUGUAUUCAAAAUGUACAUAAUAAAUGCAAAAGUAAAAAAAAAUUGGGGUAUUUUAAUUUCUCAAAUAAUAUAGAGGAAAAUAAAAAACAUAAUGAAGAAAAUUACAAUUCUAUUAAUGAAAUGAAAACUUAUAAUAGUGAAAGAGGAUAUAUUAAUUCAAAAUUAAACAGUAAAAUUGAUAAUUUAAAUGGUUCAUAUAUUAAUACUGGAGUUUCUGUUUUAAAAAUAAAGAAUACAAACAAUGAAUAUAUGAACAGUUCAUAUAAAAAUGACAUGUACGAAAUAAAAGAAAAUGGAGCUCGUAUAUCAAGGAAUAAUAGUGAAAAUGAGAAAUUAUGUUUUGGAAAAUUUUCUACUUUAAAUGAAAUUCAAAAGAUGGACUAUAAUUCUGAAAAGGAUAAUUAUAAUUUUAAAAAACAUAAAAAUAGGUAUGAUAGUGGCAAUAUUAUUGAAAAUAACAACUUUGAAUUAAAAGAAAGUGUAGAAAAAUGCAGUAAUAUUAAUUCCAAUUAUUAUUAUAAGGUACAUUAUAGUAAAUCACAAGAAUCGAGAAAUAUUAUUGAUGAAUUAAAAUAUAAAAUUAAAAAUGGUACUUAUAUUAAUAAGGGAAAUGAUGAUUAUGUAUAUUUUAAUUCUAUUAAUAAUAACUUCAAAGACGUUACAAAUAUUAAAAUUACAGACAAAAAAAAUAAAAAUUUAACUGAAAGUUGUUUAAAUAAUGUUAAUGAAAAUUAUAGGAUUAAUAUUUUUAAUGAUACUAUUGGUUGUAACAGUUUAACGUACGAUCAAAAAUUCACAGAAAAUAAAAAUGAUAAUUAUUCAUAUUAUUUUAUAAAAAGUGAAAAUAUUGAAGAGAAAGAGGAUAAUAAAUGUGAAGUGGAGAAAAAUGUUGAAAUAGAAAAUAAAGAAAAAAUAAUUAAUUGUGCAAUUAUUGAAAGUCAUGAAAAAAAAAAUAUAACAUAUAAAAAAAUGGAAGAAAAGGAGAAUAAUAGGAUUGAUAUAAAAAACUGUGAAAAUAUAGUUAAAAAAGGAGAAAUAAUGUUGAAAUUUGAUGAAAAGGAGUUAAAUGAAAACAUAAAUUCUUCAAAUAUUCUUCAUUGCCUUGUCAGAAAUAAAAAAAAAACUAUUAAAGAUAACAAAAGUUAUAUUUGCAAUUAUCAAGAUAAAAAUAUGAUUAAAUAUAACAUAAAUUUAAUUAAUGACAAUAAAGACAUAAGUAAAGUAAUUGAAAAAUUAAGUUAUGAUCAUAAAAACACGUUCUUUAAUUAUCAAGAUAAAAAUAUAUCUGACAGCUAUAUAAUCUAUAAUCGUCAUAACACAAAUAACAUUAACACUAUUAUAAAUAAUGACUGCAAAAAUAUUAAGCAAGAAGAUGAAAAAAAAAUUGAUUGUAAUGAAAGUAAAAUUUUUAAGAAUCGUAUGAAAAAUAAGUGUGAAUACGCAACAGAUGGAAGUGAAGAAAAAAAUCAAUUAACUGGAGAAAUAUAUUAUGAUAGUAAAAAUAUAAUUGUAAAAGAUAAAGAAAAUUUACUAACUCUUAAAAAUGAAAAAAAUAAAAAUAGCUGUUAUGUGAAUGGUUGCAAUUUAUUGAAUAUUUUAAAAAAAAAUAACAGCGAAAAUUUAAAUUCCUCAAAAUGCGAAAAAAAAAAUUAUCAAAAAGGUUCACUUGAUUAUUAUGAAGAUAGCUUCCAAAAUUAUUUUAGUCGAAACAAGAUGAUUUGCAAAAAUGAAGAACCAACUAUUCAUAUAAAUGAUACAUAUAAAUGCAAUUAUGAUAAAAAAAAAGAAAAUGAGGAAAAAAAAGAAUUUAAAAAUAUUAUUCAAAAAUUAAAUGAAUAUAGUAAAAAAAAUAACACAGAAAGCGAAACAUUAAAAAAAUCUAGGACAUUUAGCGAAAUGUCAUCAAAUAAUAUUUUAAAAGAUUCCUUUAUAAAUAAAAAAAUAAAGACAAAUUUUCAAAACGAAAAAAGUUUUAAUAAUUCAAAUAAAUAUAUUUUAGAGUCAGUUAAAAAUACUGUGAACAAGAUGGAUUUGAUAUUACCAAAAAUACAUGAAAUAAAAACUGAGAAUGAAAUAAUUGAAGAGAAUAAUUUAUGCACUUUUAAAGAAAAUAUUUUUAAUCAAGAUAAAUAUAAUACGACAUAUUUAAACAGGAGUAACAAUAAUAUAUUAACUGGCAAUAUUGCAAAAAAAAAUUUUGAGGUAAAAAAUGAUAAUUUUUUAUGUGAAAAGUUUAAUUUAAAAUAUAAGGGAGUUUCUAAUUUUAUAAAAGGACAACAAAAUGAAUUACACAAAUUUUUAGAGAUCUUUGAUAAAAAUCAAAUUAUGAACAAAAAUAGAGAAAAUGAAGUUGAUGAAUUUUUAGAAAUUUAUGAUAAAAUUAAAAAAGAUGAUAGAGACGAAUUUUUAGAGAUUUAUGAUAAAAAUAAGGGUGUAAAUAAAAAUAUGGAAAAUAAAGAUGAAUUUUUAGAAAUUUAUAAUGAAACUAAAAGUAUAAAUAAAAAUAAGGAAAAUGAAUUAGACGAAUUUUUAGAGAUAUAUGAUAAAAAUAAAAAUAUAAAUAAAGAUCAGCAAAAUGAAUUACACAAAUUUUUAGAGAUAUAUGAUAAAAAUAAAAAUAUAAAUAAAGAUGAGCAAAAUGAAUUGGACGAAUUUUUAGAAAUAUAUGAUAAAAAUAAAAAUAAGGAAAAUGAAUUAGACGAAUUUUUAGAAAUAUAUGAUAAAAAUAAAAAUAUAAAUAAAAAUCAGGAAAAUGAAUUACACAAAUUUUUAGAGAUAUAUGAUAAAAAUAAAAAUAUAAAUAAAGAUGAGCAAAAUGAAUUGGACGAAUUUUUAGAAAUAUAUGAUAAAAAUAAAAAUAUAAAUAAAAAUAUGGAAAAUGAAUUAGACGAAUUUUUAGAGAUAUAUAAUAAAACUAUAAAUAUGAAUAAAAAUAAAGAAAAUGACAUUUUGAAAAUUUAUAGUACAAAUAAGAACAAUUUUACAAAUAAUUCUCUAUUUAUGUAUACUUCAAGGAAAGAAGAUAAAAUAGAUGAUGAAAUAUCAAAUGAAAUGAAAAAUGUUUUAUCUAAUAAUAAAAGUAACUUAUCUGCAAAAAAUUUAAACGGAGGUAACUCACAAAAUAAUUCAGAAUUUAUCUAUUCUUCAAGAGGAGAGGUUAGAAUUUAUGAAGAAAAUUUAGAAGAAAUGAAAAAUAAGUUUUUUUAUGAUAAAUGCAAUUCAUAUACAAAUAGUGCGAAUUCGUAUAAAGAAAAUAAAAUAGACAAAUAUUUAGAAACAUAUAGGAAAAUUGAAAAUAUGGAUAAAAAUAAAGAAAAUGAAACAGAUGAAUUUUUAGAAAUUUAUGAUCAAAUUAAUAAUGAAAAGAAAAAUAAGAUAAUAAAUAAUUCAUUGUUUAUAAAUGAUUUAAGAAAAGAAGUUGAAAUAAAUAAAGAAAAUUUAAAUGAAAUGAAAGAUAAAUUAUUUGAUGAUAAUGAUUCAUGUAGUCAAAGUAUUAAAAAGAAUAAUGAUAUGUAUAAUUCUUUUACAUAUGCAUCAGGAAAAGAAGUUAAAAUAAAUAAAGAAAUUUUAAAAGAAAUGAAAAAUAAAUUAUUUGAUGAUAAUGAUUCAUGUAGUCAAAGUAUUAAAAAGAAUAAUGAAAUAUAUAGUUCUUUUACAUAUGCUUCUGGAAAAGAAGUUAAUAUAAAUAAAGAAAUUUUAAAAGAAAUGAAAAAUAAAUUAUUUGAUGAUAAUGAUUCAUAUAGUCAAAGUAUUAAAAAAAAUAAUGAUAUGUAUAAUUCUUUUACAUAUGCAUCAGGAAAAGAAGUUAAAAUAAAUAAAGAAAUUUUAAAAGAAAUGAAAAAUAAAUUAUUUGAUGAUAAUGAUUCAUGUAGUCAAAGUAUUAAAAAGAAUAAUGAAAUGUAUAGUUCUUUUACAUAUGCUUCAGGAAAAGAAGUUAAUAUAAAUAAAGAAAAUUUAAAAGAAAUGAAAUGUAAAUUAUUUGAUAAUGGGGUCAAUUCAUAUACAAAAAAUAUGAAAAAUUAUAAUAUAAAAAACAUACCAAAAGUUUCAUAUGUUUCAAAAAAGAAAGAAAAAAUAGAUGAAACAUUUAUAAAGGAGCAAGAAAAGGUAGUAUGUUGUGACAAAAAUUUAGAUAUAAAAAAUGAUACAAGUUAUUCGGAAAAAAAUUCUUUAAGUAAAAGUAUGGUAGAAAUAUAUGAUAAACAAAAUUUAAAAGAACAAGAAUCAUAUGAAUCAGAAGGAUAUGAUGAGAUUAUGAAAAAAGAGGUAAAUUUAUUUAAAAAUGAAAAUUCCUCUAUAUUAUUAGAUAAUAAUUUUUCACCACAUAACAAAAACAACAUUAAAUUAAGUAAUGGUUUGAGAACUAAAAAAGAUUUUAUAAACCCAAGGCAAAGAAAAACAAUUGAUGGUUUGGAGGGGGAAAAAAAAAGUUAUAAUAAUAAAAAUAAAGAAUUAAAUCUAAAUAUUGAUUUAAGAAAUCAUUUAAAAUUAAUAAAAAAUAUGUAUAUUAAUUUGUCAAAAAUCAAAAAGUUAAAUAAUGGGGGUUUAACAAAUACUUUAAUGUUUACAAAUGAAAAUAAAAAUCCAUCUAAAUUUAAUUGGUUUAACAAUGAUUAUUUGUAUUUUUUUAAAAGUAGAAAAAAAAGUGAAUAUUAUAUAUCAGAUAUUAAUGAGCUUUAUGAGCUAUUUAUAUUAAUAACAAAAGAAUUAAAAAUCUUCUGUACAUACGAUUAUUCUUGGUUUUCAAAAAAAUAUAAGUUAAUAACUAUGGCAUUAAUUCGUAAAUAUAAAAAGGAGCUAAGAAAAAAAUAUAAAUAUAUAAAAAGAGAAACAUUCAAAAACAUUAAACAAGAUUUUUAUAAUAACAUAAGUUAUGAAGAGUACUAUAAGAAUUUUAUUCAUGUAUACUUAAAGGAAAAUACAUAUUUAAAGAAAAUACCAAAUAUAGGUGAUACAGUUUUGAAAAACACCCAAGAGGAAAUUAUAUGUGUUAAUGAUGAAUUAGGAAAAAGCGAAAAUAACAUUUAUGAUACAGAAAAAAUUAAAUUUAAAGAUGAAUGCGUAAGCUUAUAUAAUAACAAAAGAAAAUUUUCAAAUGAACCUCAAAAAUAUGAUGAAAUAAUGUAUGAUAAUAGCAUAAAUGAUGUAUGUAAAUCUUCUGGUAUAUAUGAAUUUGAUAAAUACAAAGAAAAUAAGUUAGAAUAUAAAAAAAUGAAAAACUUUAAUCAUACAAUGAUGAUAAUUAAAAGUAUUGAUGAGAUUGAGCCUCCUUCACCAAUUGAAUUUAUAUUUAAAUUAUUAAAAAGAUAUAUUGAAGAAAAAAAAAAUAAAAAGUGUAUAUUACAGUUAAUGCAAGAUAAUAUAAUAACUUAUAAAAUACCGGUAAAUUUAAGAGUUGAAAAAAUUAUUAAAAAACAGGAUGAGUUUGUUAUUAUUUUAAGUGAUAAUUUUGAUUAUAUAUAUUGUAUGAUAAAAGACUCAUAUUUAAAAAAUUUAUUAAAUUCCAAUAAAAUUAAAGAAGGUAAUAUUUUAAAAAUCAAUUCAUUUGAUUUAUACGAUAAAGUGAAACAAGAGGAUAAAAAUAUAUACUUUAAAAAUUCUCAUUUUAUGUUGUCUAGUAACAAUCUAAUUGAUAUUGACAGAAAGAAUCAAUUGAAAAUUGGCAUAUCAAAAUAUAAAGCUAAAAAAAUUAGACAUAUUCAUGAUUUUGGUAGCAAUUGUUUUUUUAUAGAUGUAAUAAUUAUUAGUAAAAGUGAUUUUUCUUAUGGUUUUUAUGAUCCAUCUCGAAAAAAAUUUUUUCUCUUAAAUAGUAAUGUUUAUGAGAAAAUAGUGUAUAAUUUAAAAAAUGAAAUUACGAAAAUAUUACAUGAUGAAAAUUUUAUAGAAAGUAGCAAAUAUGUAAAAUUAAAAAAUGAUUUAAAUAUGUUUCUUGAGGCAACUCCAUUUUGCACAAUACAAGCUGUAGAUUUUGCUUCUUCAGAAAAAAUAAAAGAAACAAAAUUUUUUGAUGAUAAAGUACAGCAUAUAAUGAAUUCUUUAUGCCAAAUUAAAAUAUUCAAAAUUGAUAAUGAGACAUAUGAGAAUUUGAAAAAAGGAUAUAGAAUUCAAUUAUUUAAUGUUUUUGUACAAAAAUCAAAUAAAAAUAAUAAAUUUAGUCAAUGUUUCGAUGAAAAUCUUUUAGAUGAUUUUAUUUAUAAUACAUUUCAAAAGAGAAUAAAUAAUGACUAUAUGAAAAGACCGCUAAAUUAUAAUAUGUUUCAAUCAUAUUUUUUAAAAGAAAAAAAUAUUAAAACAAAUAAUAAUGAAUAUUUUAAUGAAUAUGAUAAUUAUAUAAAAUGCUUUAAUAGUUCUUUUUUAACAAGGAAAUAUUACACACCUAUUGUGUUUCAAGCCACUCACUCAACGUAUAUAAAUUUAAAUACAAAUUAUAAAAGUAAAUUAUUUGAAGAACUUCAAAGUGUAUUAAAUAUAGAAAAUAAUAUAGAAAUAAAGGAGAAUAGUAGUAUAUGUGAAGUUAAAGAAAUAAAGAGUAUUUAUCCAUCUUUUAUUUAUACAAAUAUUUAUAAAAUACCAGUUUUAUCAAACAUACAUUUUAAUAUCUUCAAAAAUAGCUUAAAAUUAAAUGGGAAUACAAACAAUUUGUAUUUUGAUUUAAUUCAAGGAAAUAUUUAUAAUAUUUCUGGUUUAAUUAUUCAUUAUACGGAUAUUGAAAUAAAAGAAGUAAUAGAUCAUAAAUCCAAUGAAGAUAACAAAAAAAUUUUAUAUUAUAAAAUUUUUUUAUUAACAUCAAACGGGAAUUUAUGUUGUAUAAAUAUUUCUAUGAUAUUUCCAGAUUUUCUAGCUUCAAUUUAUAAGAAGGAUUAUGAAUAUAAAGAAAGAGAAAUUCUUAAAAAAAUGAUUCACAUAGAAUAUGAAGAGAUAAAAGAAAAAAAAGACAGUACAUUUAAAGAACUUAAAGUAAUUGAUAAUAAUCAGUUGAAUACUAAUAAGAGUGAUUAUAAUAACAAUAAUCAAUUAUUUAAUUAUUUAUAUAAAUGUGAGAAAAAAAAUUAUGAAAGAUAUAAUAAUAAAAAUUGUGUUUCUUCAAAAGAUUUAGAUAUUUUCAUAUUUUUCAAAAAUUUGGAAUUUAUUAAUUAUGAUGAAAAGUAUGAUAUAUUUAACUUUAGAUCUUAUUAUCAUCCAUAUUUUGAUUUUUUAAAGCUCUAUUCAUAUGAAUUUGAAAAAAUAAAAACGAAUAUAAUAGAAUUAAUAAACGAAAAUUAUAUUACAUAUGAAAAAAAUAAAUUUGUAAUAAAAUUACAGGAAAAUUAUAAAAUAAAAAUUCAGAAAAAUAAAUUAUCCUCUUUACAUUUUUUAUAUAUACUAAUUUAUUCAAAAUGCAAAUCGAUGGAAUUAACUGGAGUUUGCUUAAAAAAUAAUUAUUUAUCUAAUUUUUUAAAGGACAUUUGGAGUAUAUUUGUUAAAUAA